CACCCCCACUGGCCACUAGUCCCACUUUGCAGUGUAAAAACUAAAAAGCCAAAGUAUGAAACAAAACAAAGCCUCUUUCCCAAUGUUUACUAUUCUCUAUCUCUUUCAUUCACACCCAACAAGAACCAAAGGCAACAACAAGAGAAAUGAAGAAGCCUAACGUUCCCCAUCUCCCGUUCUCUCUGUGCCUUCUCUCCUUGCAAUGCUUGAUGACUGUUCAAACCUCCACCGUCCCGGCCUACCCUUCAUCCGACUUGCCAUAUUCCAACCAAACCUGCCGCCUUGACCUCUCUGCUGAACUCUUCGGCGGUGUCGGCGAAGCCUGCGGCCGUUCCCUUGACCGUAGCCGAUGCUGCCCCGUCCUAGCCGCCUGGCUCUUCGCCGCGCAUGCCCGCUUCGCCCUCGACCUCCACUCUUAUCCUCCCACCUCCCCUUCCACUUCUCCUCUGGACCCCGCCGACGACAGCCUUCCUAUGAUGCCCGACUCCGACUCGCAGCGUUGUGUUGCCGCGCUGCACGGUGCACUCGUCGCCGAUGACAUACAUUUACCGAGGCCUAACUCGACGUGUGACACGGUGUUGUGCUUUUGUGGGAUAAGGUUGCAUGAACUUGGCUCACUGAGUUGCCCGGCGGCGUUUACUGUGUCCGAGAACCGGAAUGCGACGCCGACGGCGGCGUUGAAGGGGUUGGAGGUGGCUUGUCGCAAUGCUUCUUACGCCGGCUGCACUCGUUGCCUUGGCGCUCUCCAAAAGGUGAAGGGUGGGGGAGUUGAGGCAAUGAGCAGUGACAGGGGGAGCAGGAUGAUGAAGAGAGACUGUGAGCUGAUGGGCCUGACGUGGCUUCUUGCCAGGAACAAGACGGCUUACAUCCCCACCGUCUCAGCUGUUUUGCGUGCCAUCCUGUACAGUGCUCAUCCCCAGCACUACAAAUGCAGCCCUGAUCAAGAGAACAUGCCUCUCGCCGUUGAUUCACUCCAGUUCGAUCACCUUGAGCCUUCUUCGUCUCUCUCUUCCCAAACUACCCUCAACCAUUACCACUUUUCCAUGCAUGUCCUUCCUAUUCUGGUUCUUGUUUUUCUUUUGCCAGCUGGUGGUUAUCAGUACUCCUGGCUAUGAAUGAAAUGGAGAGCUGUCUCACUUUUUUUUUUUUUGCUUUUCUAUCUCAUUGGCCGCUGUAAAUCUUCUCACUGCUGGAAUCAUAUAUAUAUAUAUAUAAACAAAGAGCUAACAUUUUGUGGAUAUUUAAUUUA